AUGCCCUCCCUCCAACAAAGCGCCCUCGCCUUCAUCGGCGGCGGCAACAUGGCUUCCGCCAUCAUCGGCGGCCUGCUCUCCAACUCCGUACCCAAAACCAACAUCACCGUCUCCGAGCCAUGGGAAGUGAACCGGAACAAGCUGGCCGCAACAGGCGUGAACACAACAACAGACAAUGUCGUGGCAGGCGGAAGCGCAGAUUUGAUCAUCAUCGCCGUCAAGCCACAAGUCACCAAGGGCGUCUGUGAAGAGCUGGCCAAGAGCUGGGCUGGUCGUCAGUCACUUCCCGUUAUCGUCAGCAUUGCUGCCGGUAUCACCCUCUCUUCGUUGCAGGAGUGGUCGACCACUCCCGAUGGUCGCAGUCCUCAUGUUGUUCGCGUCAUGCCGAACACCCCCGCCCUUGUGGCUGAGGGUGCCUCGGGCGCGUUUGCUUCCGCUGAUGUCACCCCCGAUGAGAAGGACCUUGUCAAUGAGUUGCUGGGCAGUGUCAGCAAGGCGACGGAGUGGGUUGAUAAGGAGGACUUGUUGGAUGUUGUUACUGGGUUGUCGGGAUCCGGCCCCGCAUACUUCUUCGCCAUGGUCGAGCACCUCGUCGCAAGCGCCACUGCCCUCGGUCUCUCAAAGGAACAGGCCACCCGCCUUGCGACGCAGACUUGCCUCGGCGCGGGCAAGAUGCUGGUUACCUCAGACGAGGAGCCCGGUCAAUUACGGAAGAACGUGACCAGUCCCAACGGAACGACUUUUGCGGCGCUGCAGACCUUUGAGAAGGAGGGUUUCAAGGAGAUUGUUGAUAAGGCUGUUAAGUCUGCGACUGAUCGGGCGGCGGAGUUGGGUAACACCCUUGCUAAAUAG